UCAGCAACUCCCCACUACAUCCUAUCACCACAUCCAUUCCACCAUGGCCUCGUAUUUAGUAACUGGAGCGUCGCGCGGACUGGGUCUCGCACUGGUUCAGCAAUUAGCAGCGCGUCCCGCGACCGAGGUGGCCUCUAUUGUGGCGACAGCACGACAACCCCGCGAACUCCCCUCGCUGGUCGAGGCCUCGCGCGGGCGCAUCGCCUACGUGCCUCUUGACACGACCAGUGCGUCCAGUGUUGCGGAAGCGGUGGACCGCAUCCAGCGAACGCAUGGGAACUUAGACGUAUUGAUCAAUAAUGCCGGCGUGGGGUCCUACACGCGUGGAGGAGUGACUGAGAUGGAUGCAACCGAUCUCACAGACGUGAUGAACACAAAUGUCACAGGAACACAUCGAGUGACGCAAGCCUUCCUACCUCUCUUACGACGGGGAACCCGCAAGUCGAUAGUCAACAUCUCAACAACAAUGGCCUCCCUCGACAAGGCCCAAACCUAUAAAGACAUGCCCGUCCCAGCCUACCGAAUCAGCAAGGCCGCGCUGAACAUGUUGACCGUGCAAUACGCGCACGCUCUCGCUGACGAGGGAUUCGCUUGUUUUGCUGUCAGCCCGGGGUGGCUCCGAACGGAUCUAGGCGGAUCCCGCGCCGACCUCUCCGCAGAGCAAGGCGCAGACGCCGUCUUGGAUAUCGUGCGUGAAGCGAAUACCGCGCAAAAUGGGAAGUUUUUGAACGUCCGUGUGCCGGGGUGGGAGAACCAUGAAGGAUUGAAUCAGUAUGAUGGGAGGGAACUUCCAUGGUAGGCCUUUUUUCAAUAGCAUGUACAGUAGAUAUAAUUGAUGGAUUGCGUGGCUAGGGAUGCUAACUGGGUGGAUGGUUAUACGAUGCAUAAACGUAGACAUGGUCCGGUCAGACUGGUUUGCAUCGGGAUAUAAAUCAGAUCUACUGGGCUACAACACAAAAGAAAUAGGUGUUUGUAUCAUCGUUGGUAUCAUGAUUGAUGCGUCUAAGAAGGCUCCGCCCGCAGAACCUACUCCUGAGACACCUCCCCGACAAAAUCCAUCAGCCCCGU